UUCAUCUGAAUUUAUCUUGACAGUUGAAGGAGAUGGCUGAAAGAUUACCAAUUGGAGCAGCAAGAAAUGACAACAGCAAUUCACCAUCAUUUCAUUAUUCUAGCCCCACCACUAGAGAUUUUUCUUCUGGAGGCAGUGAACAACUGAGCAGUCCCAGAACAUGCCAUGAAUUAGAUUCAAAUGGAUCAAAUGGUGUAGUGGUUUCUAAUGGCUUAAGCACCAAUUAUAACCACAACUGCAACCACAUUGAAGCAGUACAUUUGGAAGCAACUGCCAGAAACAGGAGCAGAGCAAAAGCUGAGCCCAACUACGGGGAUGAAUGGGUUGAACAAGAUGAACCUGGUGUCUAUAUUACCCUUGUUGCCUUGCCUGGAGGUGUCAAAGAUCUUAAGCGUGUCCGCUUCAGUCGAAAACGGUUUAGUGAGAAACAAGCGGAGCAGUGGUGGGCAGCUAACCGAGCUAGGGUAUAUCAGCAGUACAAUGUUCCAAUGUUGGAGAAGCCAAGUUUGGGGAUAGGAAAGGAGGGAUUAGCUCACUGACUAUGCUAAUCUGAAGUUUAGUGGUAAAAAAAUUUCAGGAAAAAUUUCAGGUUAAAAGAGUAUAGAGAAGCAAAGAAUUGAACCCUCUCAGGUUUUGUUUGUAGAAAGAGCUGGGGUGCAUUUUUUUAGUGCCUCAAUCUUCGGCUCCCCGUAUGUUCUGAAUUGUGAAUGUAUUCUCCGUGGAAGGGAGAAAAUGUGAAGGGGGUGAUGAGUGAAUUCUUUGUAAGUAGAAUUUGUAGUUCUGGAUUCUUAAUUGCUUGUAAAUUCCACAAGGGAAGAUAUAUUCCAGGAGAAGGCUGCAUCUAAACAUCCACAGAGCCGAUGCAUAUCAGCUCCCCCUCCAACCACAAUCUAAGUUCGAGGUAAAGUUCCUAACUUAUAAGAGUAAUUUCAUGUCAAGUUCCUAA